AUGUUCAAACUCCUCGCGGUCCUAUCAGCGGCGCUGCUGUGUGCCCUGGUCCGUGGACAAGAAGAUGCAGAUGACAAGAAGAUGGACGUGUUCCGGUUGCCAGAAAAUACGAGCCCCUUGUCGUACGAUUUGUGGUUCGCUCCAAACAUGAGUGACUUUACGUUCGAAGGCUGUGCCAAAAUAUUAGUGGCAAUUAACACUGGCACCAUCUCGGUGACGCUCAACCUCAACAACUUAACGGUGACUAACGUGGAGGCUAAGGACGUCUCGACCAACCGGGACGUGGUGGUUACCGGGUUCGAGUACCAGACCAAAAACGAACAAUUCGUAAUCAGUUUUCAAAGGGCCGUACCCAAUAAUAAACAGUUGCUUUUGACCAUCAAAUACAAAGGGUACAUCCGGGAUGACAAGAGAGGUCUGUACAGGAGCUCUUAUAUUGAAGAUGGAGUGACAAAGUGGUUGGCCGUAACGCAAUUCGAAUCGACGUCUGCGAGGUUAGCAUUCCCGUGCUAUGACGAACCUAUGUACAAGACCAAGUUCAACAUAACGGUGGUGAAGCAAAAGGGUCAGACGGCAUUGUCCAAUAUGCCGAUUCUAAGAACCGAAGAAGGUCCAGAAAACACCACUGUUUACUUCGAAGAAACUCCACCGAUGUCCACUUACUUGGCGGCCAUUUAUGUCGGAGAAUUCGUGCCAAACCAAAAUGAUUCAAAAAUAACAAUUUACACACACAAAGGAAAGCAGGAUCAAACUGAAUAUGUAGCAACCGAAGCUCCAAAACACCUCAAAGUGCUGGAGGAGUACACUGCCAUCAACUACAUGCUUCCCAAAAUGGAUCUGUUGGCGAUACCCGAUUUCCAAGCCGGAGCGAUGGAAAACUGGGGAAUGAACACCUACAGGGAGUCCUUAUUGUUGUUGUCAAAUGAUUCAAAAACGAAAAUCAAAAUCCGAUCGUCAGAAGUUGUGCAACACGAGUUUACACAUCAGUGGUUCGGCAACUUGGUCACCUGCAAGUGGUGGGAUUAUACAUGGCUGAACGAGGGUUUCGCAGCAUACUUCCAAUACUUCGCAACAGGCAUGGUGAGGACCAGUUGGCCGAUGGAAGAAAUGUUCCUGAUCGACGAGGUUCAGAAUUCAAUGGCAUACGAUCAGACUCCGAGACAUCCCAUAACCGCGUCUGUGAAUACUCCCCAAGAGAUUAACGACAUAUUUGAUGCCAUAACGUAUAGGAAAGCGGCGUCAGUUCUGAGAAUGUUGAGAUACAUAGUGACCGAAAAUCUGUUCAAAUUGUCCCUUCAACGUUAUUUGAAAGAUUUCAGUCAAAAGGCAGCGACUCCUACGGACCUGUUUUCCGCAUUUGACUCUGAGUUAUACGAUAAUAAUUAUGACAUUGGGAAUGGAUUGACAGUAAACGAAUUCAUGUCGAAUUGGACUUUACAAUCGGGAUAUCCGGUUCUGAAUGUUACGAGAAAUGCAACUACAAAUACAUUUUCAGUGACUCAAAGUCGAUUUUACGUGAAUAAGACCGAUACAAUCAUCAACGAGACGGCAACAUGGCACAUUUGUCUCACGUACACAACCGAUGUGAGUAAAAAUUUCACUUACAACAGUUCUUCCGUUUGGACGAACAAAGAAUCACCGUUGACCGUUUUCGAAGCCCCCAAAGGUAUUAAUUGGUACCUGUUUAACCCAAAAGCAAUCGGAUUUUACAGAGUAAACUACGAUGUCGACAACUGGAUGGCGCUGAUCAAGCAGCUGAACGAGACGCCCACCGACAUCCAUGUGCUCAGCCGAGCUCAGCUGAUAGACGACGCGUUCAAUUUGGCGAGGUCAGGCCAGUUGGACUAUUCAGUGGCAUUGCACUUGUCCAAAUAUCUAAAGUAUGAAAACAACACUACACCUUGGUAUUCGGCGAUGAAUGUCUUCUCGUACUUGUUAGAGCGCAUGCCCCGUAGCGGCGAAGGAUACGAAGACUUCAAGACUCAUGUCAGCAAUUUGGCCGGGACCAUAUACAAGAAGCUAGAAGACCUCGUGUCGAGCGGCAACACUGAGUUUAAAGUGUUGAGUGCUUGGGAAACAUUUUCAAGUUGGGCGUGUAGGUUGGAGAACAAAUACUGUUUGACGAAAGCACAGGAAUACUUCAAUAAAUGGCAAGCCGGAGAAAAAAUACCUGCUGAUAUCAAGGACGCGGCUUUCUGCAUCGGAGUGAAGAACAGCAAAGGUCCAUCGGUAUUUAACAACAUGUUAGCGUUGUAUAACAGCACGAACUCAAUUUCAGAAAAAUCUUCAGCUGAGUCUGCUUUAGGAUGUUCUACCAACAGGACACAAUUGUCUGAAUAUAUAAAUCAUAUACUAGAUGGACCCAACGGACUGAUCAAAGGAAAAGACAUGAGAUCCGUCGUGUCUGCAAUAUCAGUGACUCCAUUGGGUAUCGAUGUGCUAUACGAAUUUAUGUCAACCAACAUAAACAUAACUAUGGACCAGCUACCUAAUGGUGAAGAUAUAAUUACCUUUAUAUAUUCAACCAUUGCUUCCAAGAUAACAAACGACGAUGAAAUCGAAAAGAUAAAAAAUUUCAAGAACAAUUCCACUCUUCGAGCCUCUGUACGACCUACGUUUGAAAAUUCGUACAAAGUGGUCGAAUCCAACAUGGAAUGGUUCAACUGUUAUUCUGUUGGCAUUAACCAAUGGACUUCAGCGUACGGAGAAACAGAAGAGAUUGAAACCACUACAUUACAGCCAACGACGAUCGCUGCAGGAACUUCUGGUAGUACUAUUAUGAAUGUAACGGUUAAAAUACCGACCACUACUCCACAACCGUCCAGUGCAACUUUGAACGCGUACAGCAGUCUUGUGAUUUUACAACUUACAUUCUUUACAGUAUUGAUAAAAACGUACUUUUUGUAA